AUGGUUCGAAGACGACGAAUCAGGAAAAUUGGUUAUGUUGCUGAUUCUUUUGCUGCACCAGGGAAUUCUGACAAGAAAAAUUCCAAAAUUUUGAAGAAAACAGUAAAAGUUGUGAGAAAAUCCAAUAGGGAAGAUAUUGCACCAGAGAAAAUAAAGAAAAAGGACGAGAAUGAUGCUAAUUCUGUUGUGGAGGUAGAAGCAGAGCAGUCUGACAAUAAAUAUCCCGAACCUGCAGAGAAACACAAAUCCUUAUCACAGGAGUUAGUCCAGUCAAAGGAAGGUGAACCUGCUCUUGAAGUUAAAACAGAGAAUGAAAAUAAGAGGAAAAGAAAUAAAGAAGAAAAGCGAGAUACAACUAAUAAAAAGCAUGCUGGAAAUCUUUUGAAUUCACAGCAGAGGAACAAAGAGAAGGAAAAUGAUGUUGAAAGGCGUGAAGAGAGGACAAAGGUAGAAUCUGGCAAAAAUAUUGGUGGAAUGAUCUUUAUGUGCAAUGCAAAAACAAAACCAGAUUGUUUCCAGUAUCGUGUAAUGGGUGUUUCAGCUAGCAAGCAAGACAUGGUAAUGCGAAUUAGGCCUGGUUUGAAGCUUUUCCUUUUCGAUUUUGAUCUCAAGGUCAUGUAUGGAAUAUAUGAGGCAGCUUCGGCCGGUGGCAUGAAACUUGAGCCUGCAGCAUUCGGUGGAGGCUUCCCUGCUCAGGUGCGCUUCAAAAUUUACAAGGACUGCCUUUCAUUGCCCGAAUCUAUUUUUAAGAAGGCAAUCAAAGACAGUUAUGAUGAGAAGACACAUAAGUUCAAGACCGAGUUGACAGUGGAUCAAGUUAGAAGACUGACCGUGUUGUUUCGUCCUGUCCCUAUACUGCAUUCAUAUGCUAAAUCCUCUCUUCCUGAGGAGAUCAUGCCACCUUCAAAUGUUCAGCCCGAAUUUCCUUUGCCAACUGAGGAAGUUCAUCGUAGACAACAAGAAAUUCACAGAGAACAGCUGUAUGGCGGUAGAAAGCUACAAGAAGGAUCUUCACCUGUUGAUCACAGCGGCCGCCAUACCAUGCAGAGUGUUGGAUAUCCUCAACAUGAGCGUCCUCUUUUUCUCACGGAAAAGGAAUACCGAAGUUAUGGUUUACGUUCAGAAAGGGAAGUGUUGCCAACUACCGUUACUGUUCGUUCUCCAACCACACACACAUAUGAGAAGUACAUGUUUGAUUACAGAGGAGAGCGGCUUCAAAGCAAUCCUCCUCCUGUGAUCACUAAUGCAGUUACACUGCAGAAAGAACCUAGCCGCCCUAGUCUGUUAUUUCCAAGUGAAAAGGAAUAUCGAACUUUUGGCCUUAAAGGAGUUCAAAAUCUACCCAGUAGGCAGCCUCCUGUUGCCCCAGAAAGCAGUCGGUCUUUUGAAGAUUCAAGGAGGAAUGGAUAUGAUCCUUAUGAUGAUAGCACUACCUCAUUGGUGAAUCGUUAUCUUUCAUUGCCAGGGCCACUUGCAACUACAACAACUGCAGAACCUUAUUUUCCAUCAGGGAAAGGUGCUGCUGCUUAUGUAAAUACCUUUAGCAGGUAUACAAGUGAGCCGAAAUAUCAGUCUCUAAGAUUAAAUCCACAAAUUGAAAGAGAAAGACUUCAUCAUGCGCCACCAAAUCCUUCCCUUCCCGCUUUGUCAAAUUACAACAGUAGUCAAUUCCACCAUCUGGGCGGUGAUUUUGACCCCACGUCUACAAGUGUCUCAUCUUGUUAUUCUUUUGGAGGACCACCCUCUUUGCCCCGGCGCUAG